GCUCGGCACGAUACCCGAUUCUCUCGCGCGGAAGACGUCGGAGGUGGUGCGAAGAACUCCUUAAAAUGUCACCAUUUUCUUGGUGAUCAGUCUGUUAUCUGAAGGGUGUUGCGUGCUUGUACGUACUGAUGUCAAUGGGUAAUUUAGUUCUGCUUUCACUUCUCUAGGAGUAGGAGAAAAAAGUGUGAUGUGGCACAGUGGCAAUAUCAAGAUGCUCAGAAGUGAUGGAUGUCUCCAAAGCAGGCACAGUAUGUCUUGAACUUUCAACCCUUCAAGAUAUGAAGCGAUUCUAAGAUCUCCAUGUUUGCACCCUAGUGCUACUCUCUGGCCCCUUUCCUCUCUACAAACAGGAAUGAUAUUCUCAGUGUUUCGCUAGAGCUUUACGGGUUGUUAAUAAACCAUUUGACAUAGGAGUGACAAGUGCCAUCAUGAGUCACACGCCAGUCAACGGAUCGCCGAAACAUGCCGGAGAUUCCUCCCGUCGUUCCCGCAGUGCCAAGACUGAUGCUCACAGCAUGGGCAGUCUGGGAUCGUCAAGAGACGGUUCCAAGGGGCGAUCUAGUAAUAGCUCCACCCCUCCCCCAAGCAUCCAUCCGAAUCAGCUGGAGGACAAGGAGGAGCUGAGAUUACGGGAGUUAGAGGAAGCCCGAGCCCGGGCCGCCCAGAUGGAGAAGACCAUGCGAUGGUGGUCGGACUGCACUGCCAACUGGCGUGAGAAGUGGGGAAAGGUACGGGCAGAGCGGAACAAGGCGCGGGAAGAAGUGCGGCAACUCAGGAUGAAGCUGGAGGUCAUAGCCAAAGAAUCAACAGCUCUAAAGCGUGACAAACAAGAAGUUCUAGUUGAGAACGAGAGACUAAGGAAGGCCUUGGAGCACGAACAGGCUAAGACCUCUUUGCAGAUCCAAAGCCCCGUGACUGAGGACAACCCUGAUUACCUCCCAGAGAAGGAUACAAGCAGUCUGAGACAAACAUUACCUGAAGGUGACGGCCAAGACAUAGACUUCAUCAAAAGCGUCAUGCUGAAGGGACAAAUGAACAACCACCUGUCUUUGGCAGACUCAGAACCACCUCUAAGUGCUCAGGAUAGUGCGCGUCAUCCCACCAGACAGAGUCCGAGCCAUCAUCGGGGUACGCCCCAUGGAAGCCCAACCCACAAACCUACCAACGGUGCAGAAAAUGGACCGAUGUCUUCCAGUGGGAAGCAUUUAGCCAAUGGCAGCCCUAGUCGCAAGGUCAGGGAGAUGCAAACCCCUUCAGAUGAAAUGGUCAACCAGAGGAUGAUCAUGCUGGAGCUGAGAAUGGAGGAAGCUACCAAGACCAUCCAAGUUGAGAGAGAUGAGAAAGAGUUGUUGAGCCAGCAGAUCGAAAGGUUGCAGAAGGAACUGAGCGUGAUCAGAAAUCAGCAUGAUGAGGUCCGCGACGCUAAGCAGCAGGUGGUCAAAGAGUUGAAUCAAAUGAGGGCAGAGCACCAGCGGGAGUUGGUCCGUGUGACCUCUGACCUUGAUGACGAGUUGAACUGCAGAUCCACCAUGGAUAUGCGCAUCUCGGACAUGCGCAAAGAGCUGGAGCGUCUUCAGGCAGAGAAUGCCAUGGAGUGGGGCAAGAGAGAACGCCUAGAGACAGAGAAGCUCUCCUUGGAGAGAGACAAUAAGAAGUUGAAGGCAGAGAUCAUUGACUUGAAGGAACAUCUGGCCAAGAAGAACAAGCAGGUGGCGGCCGAUCUGCAGAUGAACCUGAAAACGUUGGAGGAAAACAUGCUGGAGAAACAUAAGGAGUUGGGAGAGCUGAAACACAACCAGGGGAAACUCAAGAAACUCCUCCAGGAGAAGGUGGCGGAACUGGACCACACCCUCAGACGGGCGGAGCAACACGAAGUGGAGGUGAAGAAACUGAGGGGACGAGUGGAUGAACUCAAGAGGGAGCUGGCCAAGGCAGAGGAUGAGGUUGAUCAGCAGACAAACUUGGUCAGGAAGCUCCAGCGAAACCUUGAAGAGAACCAACAAUCCAAUGAGAAUAUGGCCGUCCAGGUAGAACACUUACAAGCAAGACUGAGGAGUAUGCCCACUACGACGUCCACGCUAGCCAAGAAGCGUGCUGCCAGCUUCAGCUUUAGCUCUGGUAACCUGGCUCUGCAGGAUACCAGGGAUGAAGUCACAUCAGAUAUUGACAUCUAACAACAUUCCAUGAUCAGGACACCAGUGAAAGUCACUCUCAAUCAAAUUCGAGCAAGGACUAUUUGAAUUAAACCAUAGUUGGACUAACUUCACUCGAAUGGUUGGACUACUGUUGUCGACUAUUUGGAACCAGAGUGCCAGGGCACGGUUGCAUCACUGGUUACCAUUAGCUGCGUGCAUCAUAAUGCACAGCAGGGAGCCAGGAUCAAGAAGUGUCAUGAUGACAUGUUGACCAGCGUUUGACUAGAGACGUUCACACAUUGCUAUCAAUGCACAGGCAUGAGUUACCUCACAAAUCGACCAUCAGUCGACUAAUGGUCUUUGCCUGAAAUUGCUCCUCUCUUUUGUAUGAGGUCAUAUGUCUGUAAAUUUAAGGCCUUAGUGAAUUCAGUAUUGUAUUGGUAAGGCCAUGUCAUUUAAACAUUAUUGAAACAGAAAGAGCGUCAUAGUAACAGUGUAGUACAGUAAACAGUCAAUUUAUGGUCACAAAUCGAGUGACGUGUGAAAUACUUUGUUACAGUGGAUGUUAAUCUCUUUCCAUGAUCAUCUUGUUGACCAAGAUAUAUUUUGCAGAACUAACAAUAUAAUUGUCAACUACAUGUAUUUCUGCAGUAUAAUUUAGCUUCAGAAAAGGGAAAAAUUAAAAGAUGGUCUUCAAAUCUGAUUGCAGGUUGGGUAGGGAAGACCAAUUCUCCGUGGCAAAAACUACCUCAUUGAAUUUGGAGCCAUGAGAAAUUACAAAUAUUCAAACACCUGAAAGUUUGGUAAAUUAAAGUUUGGUAAAUUUGUAAAUUUGGUGACAAGAACAGGGAUUUUGUCUGCAAAAGUAAACAUCUCAUACAAUCCUGCCUAAAAAGUGUAACAUUAUAGGAACAGUGGCUAUACGGGAAAAGGGAAAUGUUGCCUUCUGUAUUCUACAGUUUGACUCAAAAGUGUCAUUGUUCAGAUCAGCCAACUGCCAUUGUAGUGCACAUGUUGUUGUUUUUUCCAGUAUAAAUUGUACCAUGUGUUAGGUUUCAGCGUGUACACCUACUUGUCUCGUCUAUAUUUUAGCUUUAUGGUAGAUGUUUAUCGUCAGUGGUAGUAUUUUACAUUAUGCAUGUACAAUGUAACUGUACUGUAGGCUAGAAGAAGAGUUUUGUGAAAAUUGCUAUAUGCAGACAAACAGGCUUUUCUCAGUUUGUGUGGAAACUAACCUGGUGAGCAACGUCAUUACUGAGUUCGCACUGUUACAUGCAGGUCGCAAACAAUCUUAUGAGGAGAUUGAGUCGCCUCAAGAAGAAUGUGUAUGACCUAAUUAAAUUUAAUUAAAUGUGAAACAAGCGUGCAUUUUUGGAAACCUAUUGGUUGAAGUUGCAUUGAAUUCAAGCAUGUUACCACCUCGGUAUACAGCAUAUUAAAAAAUAAUUGAAUUCCGUA